AUAGACAACAAACAUUGUAUUGUAUAUAUACAUUUUGAUCAAGAGGUUCUUCAGUAGUUACAAUUUUCUGUGUCAAAUUUCAACAGAGAGAAAAGAAGGAAAAACAAGAAACAAAAAUUAAACACUUGUAAGAUACCAAACCCAAACCAUUUGUGAUCAGUAAAUAUAGAAUUAUUCACAUCCUUCAAUUUGUAUUCUCAAUCCCAAAACCCCAAUCCGAGAGAGAGAGAGAGAGAGAGAGAGAGAGAGAGAGAGAGAGAGAGAGAGAGAGAGAUUUGUUACCUCUGAAAUCAGGCGGAAGACCAGGUCAAGGUUCUUCGGCAAAUUGCAAAGACGAAAGCCAGUUUACUCAAAAGGCAGAGAAAUUAAACCCAAAUUCUCCAUUUGUGAGAUCAAGAAAGACAAUGACAUGGCCACUUUCUGGUUGGAUUUUCUCUUCUUCUUCUUCUUCGUCCAUGGAAGAAGACCAAAAUACCCAACUCUCCGAUGAACCCGGAACACCGCUCAACGAUGACGGAGACCAUGCCGAUUAUUUACGGCAAGAUCCAGAAAUCGACGAACAAAACGCCGCCGUUUCAGACGACGAGACCGACGCCGCAGAUUUACGUCAAUCUAAAACCAACAGCUUCUCUCCGAUCGAGGAUCACAUUCCGACCGCCAUCGUCAUCCCCGCCAAUGCCCCAAACAAUGUCGUCACCGUCGCUAUUCCGGCCGCCCGCAUCCAGGAGCGACGUCCUCAACGGAGAACAAAUAUCUGGACCAAUGAGGACGAAAUUGAGCUCUUGCGCGGUUUUCUCGAAUUCUCGUCGGAUAAUCGAAUCUCUGGCCAUCGCCUCCAGCAACAGGAUGCCGCGGCGUUCUAUCGCAAAAUCAAGCCCAAAAUUCAGCUCUGUUGCGAUAAGAAUCAAUUAAUCGAUAAGCUCCGGAGAUUGAAAAGAAAGUACCAAAUCACUUCGAGCAAGAUCGAUUCCGGCGAGAAACCGUCCUUCAGAAGUCUCCACGACCGAUCGACCUUCGACAUUUCGCGAAAAAUUUGGGGCCGUAGCUCCGGCAAAAAGCAAACGCCGGCGGAAGAUAGCAUUCUCGACGAAGUCCUCGCAGACAUUAGCCCCAAUUAUAUCAACAUCAAGGUGAAGAGAGAGGAUCCCGAAGAUGAAUCCGAAGAGCGCGACGAUCUCCAGCAAUCGACAAAACGGCGCCGCACGGCGUUUCUCUCCGGCGAGGCGAGCAAUUCGAUCGAGAUUCCGAUGAGGCCGAGCAGUACAACCGACGAUAUCGGAAAAAUUUCAGGAUUGGUUGAGGAAGUGGCGAGGGCAUGCCUGACGCCGCUUUUCAAGGAGUUGAUGAGUAACAGAUGGCCGCCGAUUGGUCUCGCCGGAAGGAUUCCGAGUUACGGCGGCGGAGAGGCGGCGGAUGAGAGGUGGAGGAAGCAGCAGGCGAUGGAGAUGGAGGUUUAUUUGAAAAGGUUGGAAUUGGUGCAGGAAGAAAUUAGGGCUUCAUUGAAGGAGUUGAGAUCAAAGGAAGAAGAGAGUAAAAAUAAGCUUCAAGAUGAUAAUUAA